AUGAAUGACCCAGGUCUUGAUGAUGCCAUUGCUGAUGAGGCGAACGCCUUAGAUAACUCUUCCGGCAUAAAGAGCAAAAAUAUUGCAGGAAAAGAUGAGGAUAGUGAAUUUGAGGAGUCAUUAGAAGGCCGAUGGUGGCUUGCGAGUACCGUAUAUCCAUUAACAGCAGGAACAUUUGGUCCCAUGGCUAGCGCAUUCAAUAUAUGCUGCCUCUCACAGACAUGGCGAAUCAAGCCAGACAGCAAAAGUGGCGGCAUAAACAUCCCUGAUCCAAAAUGGGUCAUUGGGUUUAACGCAGUUUCUCUUGCAAUUGCACUCAUUGCGAAUCUUGCCUUGUCACUAAAUAUGGCGCGGCGCAUCAACUUCUCAAUUGCACAACCCAUCAUCAUCAUCGGAUGGUAUAUAUCAUCCCUCAUCUUGAUCGGACUGCUGAUUGCACUUGGCGUGCUCAUGCACAGGCCAGAGAACGAUGGGCUCAUCUAUAGCCAGGCAUAUUUCUACGGCGCAUUCGCCGCAGGAAUAUACUUCAUCAUUUCGUCUCUGUCUGUCGUGACAGCAUACGGAGCCUUCAAAGGGCAUUAUAGCCGCGAAUACAAGUUGUCGAAUAGUCAGCGCACAUUGAUGCUACAGACUAUCAUCUUCUUCAUAUAUUUGCUUGGUGGCUCAGCCGUGUAUGGCAAGGUCGAGGGUUGGCGAUAUUUGGAUGCGGUCUUUUUCGCCGACUACACAUUGCUCACUAUUGGGAUUGGAAAUUUUGCUCCAACGACACAUCUGGGUCGUGGCUUGCUCUUCCCGUAUGCCAUUGGUGGCAUUGUGAUUCUUGGUCUUAUUAUCUCGUCCAUCCGGACCCUCAUGCUUGAACGUGGUCGACAAAAGGUGGCAGAUGUGCUCAUCGCUCGCACUCACCGGCUUCUUGUGAAACGGGCUUCUUCUGAGCAUAACCACCUUCGUGGGUUAGUGCCUGAUCUGACACAUGCUGAGAAAGAAGGGAAUGAGACCAGUGAUCAUGAGCGACAAAAAAGAGAGUUUAUCACGAUGCGUCGCAUCCGGCAGCUGGCCAACGUUCAGCAUAAAUGGCUAUCGCUCAGUAUAUCCCUAGUAAUAUGGAUAGUCUUGUGGUUUAUGGGUGCAAUAGUCUUUUGGCGCUCAGAACUUCACCAGAGCUGGACAUAUUUCGAAGCGCUCUACUUCGCCUACACGACGCUGCUGACAAUUGGGUAUGGAGACAUAUACCCACAAAGCAACCUAGGCAAAUCCUUCUUCGUAUUCUGGUCUCUCCUUGCCAUCCCAUCCAUUACAAUCCUCAUCUCCAAUAUCGGCGACACACUCAUCCGAUUCAUCCGCGAGAUAACCAUCUUCAUCGGCGAAAUAACCAUUCUCCCAAGCGACGAACCCUACCUUGACAGAAUCAAAGAUAUUCUCCACGUCCACUCAGCCAACAAAUGGGUAUCCGACGAGCAAAGCAGUCAAGAAGACCUCUUCCACGACCAAAUACACAAUCCUAAACACCCAAUACCCCCCCUCCAGCACAGCCAAGAAGCAGAAGAGUGCCAAAAAGAAGAACCAGCCCAAGCAAGUGGCGACAGCGCUGGCGCAAGAAGACAUCACUACCACUACAUCCUCUUCAGCGAAGUCCGCAAGCUAAUGGACUACGCGAAGAGUGAUCACGCGAGGGAAUUCAGCUACCACGAAUGGGAGUACUAUCUUGCCCUCAUCUCUGGAAAACACAAGCCUUCUCCCUUUCCAGAGGAGAUAUCUGAGGAGAAGGAGCUUGAGCGGCGCCAGUCUAAAUCUCAUGAGUGGAGCUGGAUUGAUAAGAAUAAUCCGUUGCUGGGGGAGAAGAGUGAGGUUGAUUGGUUGCUUUGUGCACUUACUGAGGCGUUGGAGAAGGAGUUGAGAGGCGCUAGUGGGGGGUUUCUUUCUGAUGAUGGUGGUUUUGCGAGGAGGGAGACGAUCUGA